UUUGAAAAUAUAUUAAAAGGGAAUAUCAGUAGCAAUCGCAUAUACAACUUUUCCUUCGUUAUAUUGGGAGUGUCGUACAGAUGCGCUGACCUUCGUUUUGAUGCACAACGCACAACAAAGCAUCAAAUUGACGGCUGCCCUAUUUUCACAACAAUCUUUGGAUUUAUUAAUUAACCAUUUCGUGAAAUGCGAUUUUUGUGAUGAACUGCUUACCUAAUAAAUGUGAAACUUUUUCGUACAAAGUGCCGCUUAUGUGGGAAAUAAAAUCAUAAUGGAAUCGGCGACUACGCAAACAACUACUAUUGGUGUAUGUUACAUUACCACACCAAAGACUUUCUUUUUGACUUUUAGGACAGCAUUAGAAAACCUGGAAAAAUAAAUUGAAAUUGUAGUCAAGAUGAAUGAGAGAGAUAUUCCAAGUGUCCCUAUUACAACUUUAGCAGGAGUAGCUAGUUUGACUGACUUAUUACCAGUGCUUCCAUUACCAACACCUCUACCAUCAACACUGAACAAUAAGUCCCAGCUGUUUCACCCUCGUGUUGCUGAAGAAGCAGCCAUACUCUUAGCAACUCGUGAUGAUAACUUGGUUUCCUUGUUAUUGCAGUCGCUUAUGCAAACUUCAGUACAACAUAUUGAUUUAAAGGAUGAAAGUAUACCAAAUGCAGUCAGCCCUCCCCCUCAACAAACUACACCUGAACUUUUGAAGGCAAUUUUACAUGUAAAUCCAAAUGUGUUUGAUCAACAACAAAGAAAUCAUUGGGGUAACCAUUUACACACAUCCAAGUUCAAUGGGUUAUCACCAUCUUCCACAUAUAAUUACACAGUGCACAACACAGUCCAUUCUAGCCCCUCCACACACGGACAAAUCGCAGGGCAUCAUCAUGAGUCAGCUUCCAUUCCCAGCCAGGAAAUGUUAGCUACUCCAUGCCAAUCCUCACCUCAUGUCAAUAUGGGGUCACCGCCCUCUCAGGCUAGGCCGGGAAGCCAAAUAAACAUAACGGCCCAAAAUAACGUCUCUCCACCCUGGAAUAAUUCCAACCAGUCCAAUGUAUACACAAGUUCCCUAUCAACAACAUCUUGUCCAAAUCCUCAGAACGGUGGAUUCUACAAUAGUUUAGUUCAAGAUAAUAGUAACUUUGCAACUAGUAUUACAGAAGAAAAAGAUCCACUGUCUAUGUCACCAACAAGCAUGACAGAACAACAGAAAGAACAUAUGCAAUCACAAGAAAAAGCUUAUGAGCAAGGUGGAAAUGUGGUAACAGGUCAGUCCCCAGCUCAAGCGAGUGUAGCUCCGUCACCUCUUCGCCAAGAGCCACAAGUACCACAGCCAUCAAUGGGGGCACCUUAUGCAGCCCCACCUGUUACACAAAACUCCAAUCAGGAGAAACAAGAUCCUAAUAAAAGUACACCUGUUGUUAAUAAUAGAUAUCCAGUUGUAAAAUUAGGCCGCCUUUCUGAGGGUAUCUUGAAAAAACACGAGUUACCAAAUGAAGAUCGGGCAAGGAAAAACAGCACAGCUGAUUCUGAUUCAGAUGAUAAUCUGCCACUGAAAUCAAAAUCAAAUAAUUCCAUGCAAGCUGUGGACAAGGAGAAAGAGGCAAUAGACAUAGCGAGAGAAAAAAACUGGGAGGCAGUGAAAAGAAAACAUGAGGAAGCUAGUAAAAAAGAAGAAGCUGAAGUUACAAUUGUUCGCCCCAAAUUAAGAAAAGUUGAAAAAAGAAUGGUACCUGUAUUGGAAAUGUUAACAGUUGAUGAAUUAAUGGAGACAAAUACUUAUCAGCGGUUUAACAAACUCAUCGAUUCUGUUUUCGAGACAAUCGAUGAUGACGUCAUUAUAACAGAUGAAAUGGAAGGACCAGAUAUUCCAGAAGAGUUGGUUUUGCCUCGAUAUCAACUCCAGGAAUUGUGCUCAGAGGCAGCAAAGUUGAAAAACCUUGGUGCUAUGGAGGCCAUACCAGCAGACAGAUUAGUUCGAUUGCUCAAUAUAUUGGAGAAAAAUAUAAGAGCAGCAGAAAAAAUGUCUUUAGUUGGAGACCCUGAGGACAGCGAAGAGAUGCGACAAAUUUGGAUUGAGUCUUCGUUAGAAAGAGUGAUGUGUGCAUCGGAUGCGUGCCUAACUGCUUUGUAUAUAAUGACGUCCCCCAGUAUGCCUAAACGCAUAUUUUUAGAAGAUGUAAUAGAUAGAAUCAUUAUGUUUAUAAAGUUCCAACUUAACAAUACUAUAUACUGUGUAUAUGACCCUGUGUACAGUAUCCAGAGCACAUCAAAAAAGAAAGUGGACGGUCGCAAGCGGCGCGGCGGCGGCGCGGGCGGCGCCAGCAAGCGGCACGGCGGCGCCACGCGCGCGGUGCGCGAGCUGUACACGCACGCGCACGAGUGCGUCACGCUGCUGGCCGAGCUGUUCGCCGCGCACCACCUCACCGACACCACGGUGCUGCACGCCUCCACCGUGGGCGUGUCGCCCUUCUUCGUGGAGAACAUCAGCGAGCUGCAGCUGUCCGCCUUGAAGCUUGUCACCACUAUUUUCACAAAGUAUGAGCAGCACCGGCGGCUGCUAUUAGAAGAUAUAUUAGCAUCAAUAGCAAGAAUACCCAGUUCGAAGCACAACCUGCGGUCAUUUCAGCUGAGUUCGAACCAACACAUUCAGAUGUUGACGGCGCUUGUACUGCAGCUCGUGCAGUGCGUCGUGACGCUGCCCGAGACUCUGUGCAAGUCGCAGGACAAAGACAAGAACAAGGAGCACGCGGAAUCUGAAAGCAAAAAACAUGUAGACAAAGAUCUGUUAAUUAUAUCUAAGUACGAAGCGGCGAUUAGUGUGGGCGGAACGUUUCUGACGUCAUUCCUGAAUAAGUGCCGAAGUAGAUCAGAAGAGGUCGACUUCAGGCCCCUGUUCGAGAACUUCGUCCACGACCUGCUGACUACCGUGAACAAACCGGAAUGGCCGGCCACUGAGUUGCUGCUGAGUCUACUUGGGACAAUGCUGGUAAAGUACAUGUCGGACAAGUCAAUGGAGAUGUCAGUGCGCGUGGCGUCCCUGGAGUACCUGGGGCUGGUAGCGUCGCGCCUGCGCCGGGACAGCGUCUCGUCGCGUGCCAAGCUCGCCACCAUGGACGCCGUGGUGCGCGACAUCCGCGCUGAGGAGGAGAAAGACGGCUGCCAGCCCCAGUCUCUCACAUCUGGCUUGGACGAGGAUGAAGAGAGAACAGAAUUUCUUCAGAGAGUUCUGCUCGACUAUUUAGCUAUCAAUGGACAAAAAGACCAGGCGUGGAAUUGCGCGAGGCAUUUCUACAUCACGCAAUGGUACAGAGACAUGGUAGUGCAGCCCAAGAGUUCGUCGCCCACCAAAAGGCCGAAGAACAAGGGCAAGAGGAAAUACAAGGAGGAGAGUAGCGAGGAAGAGUCCGACCCCGAUGACGACAGCGACAGCGGAAUGAAAGAGUCCAAGUCGGACAAAAAACACAGUGCUUCCAGCGCGAUCAUGUCUGCCGAAAAAUUUAAAACUAUCGAGCGGCGGAAACAUUUUUUCCUCGAAAAAAUCAGACCAUUUCGGUACCAAGGCGGUACGCAAGUCCAAGUGAUGCAAUCGUACAUAGAUUACGGCGGAGCGGAGCUGAUCUCGCAAUACUUGGCGUCAAAGAGAUCCUUCUCGCAGAGUUUCGAUAGGUAUCUAAGAAAAAUCCUAGUUAUACUGUGUGAGAAUACGAUAGCUAUACGAACGAAGGCUAUGAAGUGUCUGACGAUGAUCGUGGAGGCGGACCCCGCGGUGCUGGCGCGGCCCGACAUGCAGAUCGGCGUCAACCGCUCCUUCCUCGACCAGUCCACGGCCGUGCGCGAGGCGGCCGUCGACCUCGUCGGCAAGUUCGUGCUGAGCAGGCCGGACCUUAUUGAUAAGUAUUAUGGAAUGCUCUCGAAUAGAAUAUUGGACACUGGUGUAUCUGUGCGAAAACGGGUGAUUAAAAUUUUAAAAGACAUUUGUAUAGAGUGCCCGGAGUUUCCCAAAAUACCAGAAAUAUGUGUAAAAAUGAUCAGGAGGGUGAAUGACGAGGAGGGUAUUAGGAAAUUAGUGAUGGAAGUGUUUCAAAACAUGUGGUUCAGUCCGUGCUCGAACUCGUCAAGGCACGGCGUGUUGGACAUCACGGCGGCGACGGCCGACCCGCUCACGAGGAAGGUCCUCAACAUUACGGACGUGGUGGUGUCGUCGAGGGACAUGGGUUUAGAGUGGUUUCAGCAACUGCUAAUGAGUUUGUUCAAACCAAAAGAAGAUAAGGAUGAUUCCACAAAAAUUAUUUAUCAACCCCCCAAAUCUCUAUUGGUAGCUUGCCAACAAAUAGUCGACUGCCUUAUUGAACAUUUACUACAGUUGGAAGAAACCAAUACAGAUGGGACAGGAUCAUCACAACGCAUAUUAGCGUGCCUCUCCACAUUACAUUUAUUUGCGAAAAUUAGGCCUCAGCUGCUGGUUAAUCACGCGUUGACACUGCAGCCCUACCUCAGUCUUAAAUGCCAGAAUCAAUACGAGCAGCAAAUAAUGUCGACGGUGGCGUCGACGCUGGAGCUGGUGGUGCCUCUGAUGGAGCACCCCAGCGAGGUGUUCCUGGCGCAGCUGGAGGAGGACGCCGUCAAGCUCAUCCUGCAGCGCGGCCAGCUCGUCAUCGCCGCCUGCAUCGCCUGCCUCGCCGCCAUCGUCAACAAGCUCACGCACAACUACAAACUCAUUAGGGACGUCUUCAAUAAGUACCACGGAGUUCUCCUACAAUGGAAACACAGUUGGCAGCGGAAUCCGGAAAAAACGCGAGCUCUACACACGAGGCCGCAUUUUCGGAGAUCGCUCUUCAUUGUAGGCCUACUGUUAAGAUAUUUCGAUUUUACGGAUAGUAAAGUUAUAGAAGGAUUAGCGAGUGAUAUAAAAGAGCAAGUGUACAUGACGUUGAUGUUUUUUGUGGGAUUGGAAGACGAGGACUUUGUAUCGAAUACGCUCAAAUCUCUGGGCUCGGUCUGCGUGAGGCACUACGAGUUCAUGCUGCGGCCCGAGCUCAAGGAGUUCUACCACCAACUGCUCACGUCGGAACUCGCACCCAUAGAGAUGAAGGCUGAUGUCCUUAGGAAUAUAGAAAUGUACUUACAGGAAGAGGAACAAAGAAUGAUUAGGCAAGAUAGUGAAUGGUCAAAACGGUCAAAACACGAAAACUUGAAGGAAAUGGGCGACGUGUCGUCGGGGAUGGCUUCGACAGUGAUUCAGUUGUACCUGAAAGAGAUCCUCGGUUCGUUCCUCCACCCGAGCACGGUAGUACGCUCCAGCGCUAUGAAAGUGGUGCAGCUCGUGUUAGCACAAGGCCUUGUUCACCCUGUACAGAUUGUCCCGUAUUUAAUAAGUAUGAGCACAGACACGGAAGUGACGGUGUCGCACACCGCCGACAAGCACCUGCAGGAGAUCGACAAGAAGUACCCCGGCUUCAUACAUAUGAAAGCGCAACUGGGCAUCAGGUUGUCGUACCAGUUGCAGAAGAUAUUACAGAGUAGUAGAAAGGGACUUAUCAGAGGGUUUAGGAAAAAAGACCAGGAUGAUUUACCUACAGCGCUUAACGGUUUUUUAUAUUCACUGUUGCGUAACACGCGGCCGCAGCGCAGGGCGCUAGUGCUGUCACUACUGAAGCAAUUCGACGAUGUGUCUACGGCUCCAUUGGAUCAAAUGUUGUACCUGGCUGAUAAUUUAAGCUAUUUUCCAUAUCAAGUUCAAGAUGAAACCCUUUUUAUAAUACAUCAUAUUGAUAUUAUUAUUUCUACGUCGGGAUCAAAUUUACUACAGCUUUUUCGUGAGGGUCUGAUAAAGACGGGGAACGAGGAGAAGGAGCCCCUGGACGAGGAAGAGGACGAGGAGGAGGCGGACGCGCUGGAGGCGCGCCUGCCGCCGCACACGCGCCCGCUGCGCGACGCCAUGCGCCAGGCGCGCGGCUGCCUGCUGCUGCUCGUGCUCAAGCAGCACCUCAAGCAGCUGUACGGCUUCACUGACGCAAAAAUCAAUCAGUAUUCACCGUCGGAGAGCGUCAAGGUUUACGAGAAGGCCGUGUCGCGGCGGCACGCGCCCAUCUUCGAGCCCAAGGCGACCAUCGCGCAGCUGCACGAUACCGACGACGAGGAGGAGCUUGACGAGCGCGGCCGGCGGCGACUCGUCGACGAUUACCUCGAAUUUAAACAAUUGAUGUUGAAAUUCGACCCCGAAGAGGAGGAGGACGAGGAGGCUCCGAGCGGCGGCGCGGCGGCGGGUGCGGGCGCGGGCGCGGCGGCAAGCGCGGGCGCGGCGGCGGGCGCGAGCGCGGAGGGCGCGGCGGCGGCGGGGGCGGGCGGCGCGGCGGGCGCGGGCGCCACCUAGCCGCCGCCGCGCGCCGCGCCCGCCGCCCGCGCGCGCCAUGGACGAUAAAGUGUCAGUGUGACCGUGCAGCGCUCCGCUUCACUCGCGCCCGAUCUCUCGGCGCGUUCCGUUCCGUUCCGUUCGAGGAUGCUCUUUUUAUUUUGUAUGUCGAUUUAAUUUAUUAUACGCCGGCCCGGGGCCCCGGCUCCGGCCGGCGAUCUUGAAUUCUUUGUAUAAGUUAUAUUUGAGAAACUCGAUUUUGUUUUUAUAUAAAAAGUCUGUUUAUAAUUUUUAUAAAGAAUAUAAAGUAUAUGUAUGAACUGUGUAUGUAAUGUCACUUUUCCGAAUAGGACGCCGGAGUCGCCGAUGUGACGAGAUGUAGUAGGUCAAUUGUUUUGUGCGAGUGUCACGAUUGCGAGAUAUAAAUGCAUAAUUUUUAUACGUAUUGGCGUCUUUGUAAUAUAGAAUAAAAGAUAUAUGUUCAUACAAAGGGUACUGCAAUAAAAAUGCAUUUCAAAUAAUAAUAAUAAUAAGAUAAAUUUAUAUUUUCUUUUAUACUUACAUCCCACUUAUAUUUUGGUCCAUUCAUAUUAAUAUCGGAGCAAAAGAACCUCACAUUGCGGAGCAAAACCCUGUAUUUUAAAAAUACGUUUUUUUAUUUGUUUAUUCCAAUGUUUAAAUAUUUUUUUAAAUAAACGCUAGGUAUAAUUAAUUUAUUUCAAAAUUGUUUACGAAUAAUUACAAAUCCACCAUAAGACUAGGAAAAUAGUUAAGUGAUUAAACAAUUUUGUUAUUAAAAUAUA